GUCUAAAUUUAAACAGCGUCCAGCCGGAGCAACGCCGUGGUCUCUCUCACUCUCUCCAUCUCUAAUAUCGAUCUUUCGAACUUUUACUCGCGCUCCAUCAUAUCAGUUCGUAUCUCGUCGCUGAGAACGUUGGUUAGGGACGCACCGGUUCGCAAUCUCGUUCUCACGUGUUCGCGAGUUUUUUCCAGAGUUCUAACUUUCACGCGAAAUAAAAAUGGCUGAAUGGGUCAACGGCGUUAUAAGGAGCCGACAAGAAAGCAUAGACAGCUUAUGUUCGUCGUCGGCCAAAACUACGACCGACGAAUAUUCCGACGACGACAUAAAAGACGAAUAUGACAUCGAUGACUUUGCAAUCAUAAAAACCAUAGGUACCGGAACUUUCGGAAGGGUCCUCUUAUGCAAAAACAAACAAACUGAAGACUACGGUGCAAUGAAAAUCUUAAGUCUGGCGGAUGUUAUUCGAUUAAAACAAGUUGAACAUGUCAAAAACGAGAAGAACAUACUUCAGGAAAUCCACAAUCCGUUUAUCGUGAACCUAUUAUGGUGCAAUCGGGAUGAAACUUGCAUUUACAUGCUCUUCGAAUACGUCUGCGGGGGCGAACUGUUCUCUUACCUCAGAAACGCCGGUAGAUUUACCACUUCCACGGGAAAUUUCUACAGUGCGGAAAUAGUUUCCGCUCUAGAAUAUUUACAUUCGAAAAAUAUCGUGUACAGAGAUCUGAAACCGGAGAAUUUGUUGCUGGACAGGGAGGGCCAUUUGAAAAUUACGGAUUUCGGAUUCGCGAAAAAGUUGACCGAUAGAACGUGGACGCUCUGCGGGACCCCCGAAUAUUUGGCGCCCGAGAUUAUUCAAAGCAAAGGACAUAACAAGGCCGUGGAUUGGUGGGCAUUGGGGGUGCUGAUAUACGAAAUGCUGGCGGGAUAUCCUCCAUUCUACGACGACAAUCCCUUUGGUAUCUACGAAAAAAUCCUCAGCGGAAAAAUAGAAUGGGCGAAACACAUCGAUCCCGUUGCCAAAGAUUUAAUCAAAAAGUUGCUCGUGCAAGAUAGAACAAAACGGCUGGGCAACAUGAAGAGCGGCGCUGAGGACAUUAAAAGGCACAGAUGGUUUAAAGGCAUUGACUGGCAAGAGGUCAUUCAGAGAAAGUUAAUACCGCCAAUUGUUCCGAAAAUAAUGUACGAUGGCGACACGAGCAACUUCGAUGAUUAUCCAGAAAGUGAUUGGAGAAGUGCGAGGACACUAGAAGACUCGGAGUUGAAAUUGUUUGACGAUUUUUGAUCCGUUCGUGAUAACUUUCCGAGUCGUGAUGACCAGAUUAAAAAAAAGAUGCGCAUUUAUCGCGUGUGACUGAACUCCGUGAAUGUCGUGGGCCGUGGCCAGUGAUCUAUAGAAACUAGGCGUUAAUAACCGUGUCAUUUUAAAAAUAUGAACUGUUUGUGAUUUUGUAAAAAUGACAAAACUAAACAUAAAAGUGCAUAUGUGGGUGGUAUUUCAUAUUAUACCUUUAUAAAUAAAU